CGCAUGCGCGGAGCCGGGCGGGCCUGGCGGAGGCGGCGAUGGCGGAGGCCGCGGUGCGGGCCCAGGCCGAGGCCGUGCGGAGGCUGAAGCAGGAGCAGGCCCAUCCCGACCAGAUUGCAAAGGAGGUGGCGAAGCUGCUGGAGAUGAAGGCACAGCUGGGGGGAGAUGAGGGGAAGCAGAAGUUUGUGCUCAAGACCCCGAAGGGCACCCGGGACUACGGCCCCAAGCAGAUGGCCAUUCGGGAGAGGGUCUUCAGCACCAUCAUCAGCUGCUUCAGGCGCCACGGGGCAGAAGUCAUCGACACCCCCGUGUUCGAGCUGAAGGAGACGCUGACAGGGAAAUAUGGCGAAGACUCAAAGCUCAUCUAUGAUCUGAAGGAUCAAGGGGGAGAGCUGCUGUCCCUGCGCUAUGACCUGACAGUGCCCUUCGCUCGCUAUCUGGCCAUGAGCAAGAUCACCAACAUGAAGCGCUACCACAUCGCCAAGGUCUACAGGAGGGACAACCCGGCCAUGACCAGAGGUCGCUACCGGGAGUUCUACCAGUGUGACUUUGACAUCGCCGGGCAGUUCGACCCCAUGAUUCCCGACGCCGAGUGCCUGAAGAUCGUGCACGAGAUCCUGAGCGACCUGCAGCUGGGGGACUUCCUCAUUAAGGUCAACGAUCGGCGCAUCCUGGAUGGGAUGUUUGCAGUGUGUGGGGUCCCAGACAGCAAGUUCCGAACCAUCUGCUCCAGUGUGGACAAGCUGGACAAGAUGCCGUGGGAAGAGGUGAGGAGCGAGAUGGUGGGAGAGAAGGGGCUGUCUCCUGAGGCUGCAGAUCGCAUCGGGGAGUACGUGCAGCUGCAGGGCGGCCUGGGCCUGGUGGAGCGGCUGCUGCAGGACCCCAAGCUGUCCCAGAACAAGCUGGCCAAGGAGGGGCUGGGGGACAUGAAGCUGCUGUUCGAGUACCUGGCGCUGUUUGGCAUCACGGGGAAGAUCUCCUUCGACCUGAGCCUGGCGCGGGGCCUGGACUAUUACACGGGGGUGAUCUUUGAGGCUGUGCUGCUGCAGCAGGAGAACCAGCACGUGGAGGAGCCCGUCAGCGUGGGGAGCGUGGCCGGGGGCGGCCGCUACGACGGGCUGGUGGGGAUGUUUGAUCCCAAGGGACGGAAGGUGCCCUGCGUGGGGGUCAGCAUCGGGAUCGAGCGGAUCUUCUCCAUCCUGGAGCAGAAAGUGGAGGCCUCUGAGGAAAAGAUCAGGACAACAGAGACACAGGUGCUGGUGGCCUCUGCCCAAAAGAAGCUCCUUGAAGAGCGGCUGAAGCUCAUCGCCGAGCUGUGGGAUGCUGGAAUCAAGGCAGAAGUGCUGUACAAGAAGAACCCCAAGCUGCUGAACCAGCUGCAGUACUGUGAGGACACAGGCAUCCCGCUUGUGGCCAUUGUGGGCGAGCAGGAGCUCAAGGAUGGAGUGGUCAAGCUGCGGGUCGUGGCAACCAGAGAAGAGGUCAACGUGCCCAGGGAGAGCCUGGUUGAGGAGAUCAGGAAGCGGACGAGCCAGCCGUGACCCCCUUCCAGACACAUCCACGGGUUGUUGGAUGUUGGCUGACACAUUUCCUCCUGGAAAUGCCUUUCCCAGCCCACGUGGCAGCCGUGUGGGGCCGGGGGGCCUUCCAAAGCUGUAUUUAUUCUUCUCGUGUGCCCUCCCUUUCCCGGCGGCAGCAGAGGCUGCACCAGCUCCUGCCCCGUGCCCUGGCCCCCGAGCGUGGGGCUGGGAAGAUGUUUUGCCAAGUGGCUCUGGGGCCCUGUGCCCUCCCACCGGCCCUGGCUGCGGUGACACGAGGAGCCCCCGUGCUGGCACCAGCCCCCUGGGCCUUGGCUGCAGCUUCUCCUUCCCCUCGCUCUGAAUAAACAUCCCAUCCCUCUCCUCUGGCUGCAGGGAUGUGACCAUAUCCCGAGCGGAAUGUAAAGGCCGUAAUAAAUCCGUCUGUCCCUC